CUGGCAGAUGCGCCCUUGUACUCCGCAGAGACGCAGAGUCCGCCGGCGUGCUUCCCUCGCACCCUGGGCGCUGUCCUGUGGGUUUCCGCCGUCUUCCACUCAGACCACCAUGAGAUUGGGAGAUUGACGGAUGCGCUGCUCUGCUUACUCACCAGCGCUGCCCGCUAGCCCUUACUCAGCAACUUGUCCCAAAGAGACUUAACGCGUCGCGCGCGCUCUCUCCGCUUUCCAGCACGCCGUCCGCGUUCCCUCCCCCUGAGUGCUCAACCCAUCGAACGCGUACCACCCACCCUCAGUCAUGUCCAGCCAGAGAGACUUUGGCGUGUUCCCGGUUCCAAGCUGGCUACGCCACCGCGAAGACAAGCCGUUGCACUUUGGCCUCUUCCUCAAUGCCAUGUUUGGGAUCUUUGCUUGCUUCACGGUUUCCAACCUCUAUUACUGCCAGCCGAUUUUAGGAAACCUCGCUAGUGCCUUCGGCGUAUCUGACAACAAAGUAUCGAACAUUCCUACGUUGGUACAGGCAGGAUAUGCCGGCGGGCUCCUUCUGCUCACGCCGCUCGGCGACAUGGUCCAGCGACGACAGCUCAUUCUCCUCCUUGUGCUGAUAUCCGCAUCGCUCACAAUCGGACUCGCACUCACCAGCUCACUCGUCGCCUUCGAGGUGAUCACCUUCCUCGUCGGCUUCACAAGCGUGACGCCGCAGAUCCUCAUCCCGCUCGCGGCGGACCUCGCGCCGAUGGACCGCAAGGCGGGGGCGACGGCGGUCGUGUGGGCCGCGCUGAUGUUCGGCGUGCUCUUCGCGCGAGUACUUUCCGGUGUGAUAGCGAACUUCGUCACAUACCGCGCGGUGUACUGGCUCGCGAUGGGCCUGCAGUACGUCGUGCUCGUGGCCGCGUGGUUCAUCAUCCCGAACGUACCCCGCAAGAACCUCGGCUUGUCGUACGCGGGCAUCCUCUGGUCUAUGGCGAAGCUCGCAGUUACGCAGCCGCUCCUCAUCCAGAGCGCGCUCUGCCUGCUUGUCAGCAAUAUGUGCUUCACCAACUUCUGGGUCACGCUCACGUUCCUGCUGCUUGAAGCGCCCUUCCACUACUCCUCGCUGGAUAUCGGUCUGUUCGGUCUGCUGGGUAUGCUCGGUGUCCUGCUCGGCCCGUUCCUCGGCCGCAUCCUCGACUUCAUCUACCCGUGGUGGGGCGCCGUCUCAGCGUGCUUCGCGCUGCUCAUCUUCCAGGCCGUCAUGGUCAUCGGCGCGGGCCUCAACAUCGCGCCCGUCAUCAUCGCGACGCUCGGACUCGACGUCUUCCGGCAGACGACCUCCGUCUCGCUCGUCAACAUGGCCUUCGCGGUCGAUCCCUCCGCGCGCUCGCGCAUCAACGCCGUCAUGAGUGUCUCGCUGUUCAUCGGGCAGGUGAUCGGUACGUCCGCAAGCACGACGGUGUUCCUGCAACAUGGCUGGCGCGUGUGUUACGGCAUGGCGCUUGCGUGGACGGGCCUGCAGGGCUUGAUCCUCCUCUUCCGCGGGCCGCACUGCCCGAAGACCACCUGGAUCGGCCCGUGGACGGGUGGCUUCAAGCUGCGCAAGCCCAGGGCUGCACCGCCUGCGCCCGCCCCCGUCGCGGCGCCGGAGGCAGAGAAGAACGAAAAGUCUGAGGUCGCGGAGACCCCGAGCGAGCGCGAGAGCGGGGAGAAGGCAGUGUAGACGUGAGUUGACCAGCCGUAGAUAGAUGCGGGCGGCGGCUGCUAUUGGCGGUGCCCGUUGCCCUGCGCUUAGCACUUAUAGAGAAUACCACUAAUACGGCGGGAAAAUCCGUUGCGCGAGCUAUCCUGCGUGAUGAAGUUCGCGCCGCCGUAAAUCAACGUCACAUCGCAGUUUCUCACUCACCUCGCUGGUGUUGUUCUCGCGCAGCUCUCAGGCAGUUCGCACCCCGGCCAAUUCAUAGAGCCCUCGCACUGCCAUCUAAGUCUCACAAGCCGGGUUGAGGACGAAGCACGUUGUGCAGC